AUGGCCACCGACAUCGACGCCGCGCACGUUGCACAGCUGUCCGACAGUCUCCAGCGUCUCCAAGUCCAGCAGGACCAGGCCAUCACUGCCGGCCAGGACGGCGAGGAAAACCCCGGGGAGCCAUCGCGAUCUGCCUCUGUCCCAAGGAGCCCAAUCUCGAGAGAUGGUUAUGGAUUCCGCAAGUCGGGGGUCUCAACACCCCUCAUAUCAGGACAGAUAGCUGACGGCCAUCCACCCUCACAGCUUUCUCAUGAACUGGUACCCGACCACAACGGGCUAGGAUGGCCCGCCAAGUCCACCAUUUCUCGUUUGAAUGCAACGCCAGAGGAGAAGGCUGCUCGGGAGAAAAAGAUGGCCACCGCUGUUCGGACAAUUCUUGAAUGCAUCGGAGAAGAUCCCGAUCGCGAGGGACUUCAGAGGACGCCAGAGCGCUACGCCCAGGCGAUUAUGUGGAUGACUCGGGGCUAUGAAGAACGUUUGGCAGACGUCAUUAACGAUGCUAUUUUCGCUGAAGAUCACGAUGAAAUGGUUAUUGUCCGUGAUAUUGAUAUCUCUAGUCUGUGUGAACACCACUUGGUGCCCUUCACAGGGAAGAUUGCCAUUGCCUACAUACCAAAUCAACUCGUCCUCGGGCUCUCGAAAUUGGCCCGCAUCGCCGAAACCUUCAGUCGACGCCUACAGGUUCAGGAGCGUCUUACAAAACAAAUAGCGAUCGCCGUGCAGGAGGCUAUAAAGCCCCGCGGCGUCGCGGUGGUUAUGGAGGCCACGCAUUUGUGCAUGACCAUGCGUGGGGUUCAAAAGCCAGGUGCGAUCACAGUAACGUCUUGCAUGCUUGGGUGUUUCCGGACACAACAAAAAACUCGUGAAGAGUUCCUCACUCUCAUCAAACACUAG